CUCCUAUAUAUGGUUUAUAAAUGACAGAAAAAGGACAUAUAGAAACAUAAAACACCUUAUUUUGUUUAGACUUUUGAGUUUCAGAAAUUAAACUGAAUUUUUAAAGGCUAACAACUACUAACCUAUCCAGUGUUGCACAGAGGAAGAUGUGUUCCACUCUAAGUCUUUCUCUCAGUGUUCAUUUAUUGAGUUUUGGUUCCUCUCACUGUUCCAAGCACUGUAAAUAAAAGACAAAUACAGAAAAGUGAAUUGCACUGACUCAAAUUGCUCAUGUAAACUCUUCCACACACUUUUCCGAUGACAUAAUUCACAACAUUGCAUCAGAGCCAGAGGAGUUACGUCAGCCUGGUCACAGCCUCUGGGAGAUGGGAGAUAGCCAAUUACAGACCACUUCUGUUUCAGUCUGCAAAUAAGAACUUUGGACUUUUUUUUUUCACCCAAAUAAAUACAGUCCCACUGGGAUUCCACGACUUAUUGUAAGCAAACUCUCACCCAGGCUGACCAUGCUCUCAAGGCUACUCCUCUGCUGGGUGGUUCUUAGACUCCACGCUCCAUGCACAUGCUUCCCUCUACAGCAGGAACCCUCACCUGAUGAUGUCCUGGCAGAGGACCUUGAAGAACACAGGCAAGCAGAGGAAGAAGCUUCAACAAACUAUUUAAAGAGGAAAAAUGUGAAUGAAAGAGCUCAGAGAAUCACUCACCAAGAAUCUAAAGGAAUCAUCACACACUUGAAAAACCCAACUAAAGGCUGCUUCUCAGUUCUGAAUGUGAAGAGUAACAAGUUCUUGUGCUUGGAUUCAGAAAGAAAGCUGUACACUUCGGAGGAUGACAGCAAUGAGGACUGCUGGUUUCAUCGCAUCAAUAGACAUAAACAUUACCGUGUGUUUCAGUCCUGCACUGGAGAUGUGAUGAUCAUUCUCAAUCAGAAGAACGCCAGCGUUCACACACUUGAUUCAUCAGAGCUCUCUAGCUUCAUCUCCAUUAAAAGACACAAAAAACGCACAAACCGUAGAAAAAGACGCAGCUGGCACAUCGAUCCGUCCGAUCCUUUAGGAUCCGAGUACCCGUAUCAGAAAACAAUCAACAGCCAGAAAAGAGAACCUGAGUACAGCAGCAACAUUUUCAAGGAGACCAUUGCUUUGGUUGAUGAUCCACUGCAGGUGCUGCUUCCACACAGCCCACUCAGCCCAACACUGGAAAAGAACUGGAGAAACAAAAAGUUCAGAUUCUGAGAGGACUGUCAGCAUGUGUCAGAUCAUGUGUCAGUGUAGAAUUUUCUCACUCUGCUGUCGAUGUUUCACACUUAAUCACCCUUCUCACUCCUGUAGGUGAGGUGAGGCUCUAUUUGCCCUUUCACCUAAUUUAAUGAGUUAACAUUUAAACACCAGAAUUUCACAUUUCCACAGUGUAGCUCUUUUAAUAAGGUCAGUGAUCAUGCAAUAUUACAUGAUUAAAAAACUAAAGUCUGUUUCUUGGAAUUGAAGCACUAGUCUUCAAAAGUACUUAGAAAAGAUUGAUGUUAUGUUACAUUUUGUUGAGAAAUAUACUUCUCUUUUAAACUCUUUUUAUUCCACAAUGAUCACCUCGUAACCAUAUGUUCUUCUUAUUAUUAUUAUAUGUAUAUUUAAUGGUGCCGGACACCCACUUAAUGUCACUUAUUUAUUUGUCUUUAUAUAUUUUUGUUAUUUAUGACAUUUAUACUUUAUACUGAUUACUACUUUAUACUGGAUGCUGUCAAUUGCAUACAACAAUGAUUGUGUUAUUUGUAAUAUUUAAGAUGUCUUUUUUAUUC